UUCAGUCCAGCUCCACUCUCUAUCCCGUGCGUUCUUGGACCAUGGCGACUACUGGCGGCGGCGGCGGUGGCCGUCUCCGCGUCCCGGCCGGCGGCGGCGACCCUAACGGCGGAGGCGGCGAUGGGCGAGUCCGACAGAGGCUGUUGUAUGAGGGCGGCGAGGAGGAGCAGUGCAGCAUUGUCGUCGAUUCAGAGCAGUUCCCGUUGCUACAGUCAGCGUUGCCGUCGCUAGCCGAAUCGCAGAGAGCUUGGUCGUCGGCGGGCAACACCUCCAGCGAUAAUCCGUUCAGCCACUACGUCUCCGAUGGCGGGCAAGAAUCUGAGAUUUGGGAGCUGUUUAUUCAAUUUGAUGGUGCCAAAUUUGUUCAAAAAUCAAUGGAACGUUCAGAUGUUAGAUAUCUCAAUUUGCUGUCAGUAAUGGAGAAGGAAGGAUAUGGCUUAUGUGAUUCAAUGUACUAUGUUAAAGAUGAAGGGGAGGGGCUGCAAGGGCUAGAUUUAGUAGAUAGCCAAGUUAAGGUGGAUGAGAUGAUUAGGAAGUAUGAUAGCAGCAAGAAAUUGGUACUGACAGUGAUGAGGGACAAAAGGAAACAAGCUGAUAUUGCUAAAUCAUAUCCAAGUUUCAUUGAUCUAGAGGCAGGGGUGGACCAGUCCAUUCCUUAUCAGGUUUAGACACAGGACAGUGUGUGCUACCAGCCAUUGCACACCAAUGAUCAGCCCAGCGCUCACCAGUUCAGUACACAAAAUAGUGUUAUAUGUGAGAAUGUGCAAACUCAAAUUGAUGAAAAUCCUUUUCCUGAAGAAGAUGAUGGAGAGGCAUCUGAUGAUAGCUACAUUUGCUGGGAUGAACGACAGUGUGAUCCAGUGUAUGCAGAGGAGAAGAGCAGGAAAGAGGAAGAGGAACUGAAGGCAACUAUUGCAGAGAUGAACAGGAAGAGAGAAGACCCCAUGCUGCACUAUGAGGGUGAGACAGAUGUUGAGGACAUUUUUGUCAAUGAUGAUGAAAGUUUUGAACAAAUUCCACCAGAGCAGCCUGUGAAGAAGAAAGUAAAGAGGUCGGGUCUUACACUGAGAUCACACUCUCAAGUAGUGAUACCUGAUAUUCCAGAUUGGGAUCCUUCUGAUGAUGAAGAGGAAGUUGGUUUUAUGAAAGAGGAAGAUGAUGAUGGAUUUGAGCCACUUCCUUUUGUGCUGCCUAAAGGAAGAAAAUCAAGAGCAAAGAAACAAAAAGAAAGGGUCUGGUAUGAUGAGAACAGAGAAAGCCCAGAGCAACAGUUCAUGUUGAAACUUUGUUUUAGAGAUGUUUAUCAGUUCAGAGAGGCACUCUCGAGACUGCACAUUGUACAAGUGAGGAAUUUUCAUUUCCAUAGGAAUACUCCAGAUAGGAUAAUUGUGUGUUGUAAGCAAAAGGAAAAAUAUGGAUGUGAAUUCUAUAUGACAGCCUCCAAGAUAGCUCAUGAGGAAACAUUUUGCAUUAAGAAGAUUCACUUGAAACACACUUGUCCAACUGAUCCAUCUAGCACUAGAGUGAAUUCUAAGUGGCUUAGCACUGCUUAUGUGGACAAAUUCAGGUCAGAUCCCAAUACUGUCAUCACUACUAUAGUUGACAAAGCCAAAAUAGAUUUCAUGGAGGAAGUGCCAAAGAGGAUGGCCUAUAGGGAAAAGACCAAAGCCAGGAACAUGGUACUGGGUGAUCAUAAGAAGCAAUACCACAGAAUCAGGGAUUAUCUGCAAACUGUAAUAGAUAAAAAUCCUGGCUCUAGAUGUAUUGUCACCACAGUCACUGGCCCAACCGAGGAACAGUUGGAAGCAAUGAAGAAAGGAGAACAUGUUGACAUAAGCUACCAGCCAAGAUUGCAUGGUCUUUUUUCUGUGUGAAUGCUGCAAGACAAGGAUUUCUUGAUGGAUGUAGGCCAUACAUAGGGUUGGAUGGCUGUUUCAUAAAAUUGACAACAGGAACACAAAUCCUUGCAGCUACUGGCAGAGACGGAAACAAUAAUAUCUACCCUAUUGCUUGGGUUGUUGUUAGUAAGGAAGAUAAACCUAACUGGGUAUGGUUUUUAGAGCAGCUGAAGUAUGCUUUAGGUGGAGAACAGGGCAAAUUUGGCUACUACACAAUAAUGUCUGACAAGCAGAAGGGUCUACUUACAGCAGUGAGCACAGUGUUUCCUAACUGUCCACAGAGAUUCUGCAUUAGGCACAUAUAUGACAACUUUCAAACUGCAGGCUUUAGAGGUGAAGAUCUAAAGAAGUGUAUGGACAAUGCUGCCUACUCUUGGACUAGGCAUGGAUAUGAUCUUGCAAUGGAAGAACUGAAGAAGCAAUGUGAGCCAGCUUGGGUCUGGUUGUCCAAGAUUCAUGUGCACAAUUGGGCAAGGUGUGCCAUGGACACCAAUUGCAAAACAGAUUUAAUAUGUAACAAUCUUAGUGAAACAUUCAAUAGGUACAUCCUUGAUGUAAGGAGCAAACCAAUUGCUACAAUGCUUAUAGGAAUUUAUGACAAGCUAAUGGUGAGAUUUGAUGGAAAGAGGGAAGGAGCGGCAAAGGCUAGAUGGGACAUUACACCAUAUUAUACAGAGAGGCUAGAGCUGAUGAAAACAUAUUCCAGAAAUUGUAUUCCUAAGAGGGCUGACCUUGGACUGUGGCAGGUAAAGAGUGGUGAUGCAACACAUCAGGUAAAUCUGGCCACAAGAAGUUGUUCAUGCAGGAAAUGGGACAUGACAGCGUUGCCUUGCAACCAUGCUGUCAGUGCAAUAUACAAAGCAGAGUUGCAUCCAGAGGAUUUGUCUCUGACUUCUUCAAGAAACCUAUGUAUUUGAACAGCUACAAGCCAGUGUUUGCUCCUAUGCCACAACAACAUGGUUGGAUCAAAACAGAUACUGAAGACAUCAUGCCACCAGGUUUCAAAGAUCACCAGAAGGGAAGAAAGCAGGAGAAAAGAAGAAAAGGCUAAUUUGAGGUGCCCAAACCUAAGGAAAAUUCUAGGAUGGCAACAAUCACUUGUAGCAAUUGCAAGUUGCAAGGCCACAAGUACACUAGCUGCUCAGUGCCUUUGAGGCCAGACCUUGCGAUAAGGAAAAAUAAUCACAAGGCUAGUAGAUCAAUGCCUACUCCUGUGCCUCCUCCAUCUUCCUCCAGUUCUGCUGCUGCACCUGCACCAAGGCCUCCUCCUGCUGCUCCAAGAAACCCUACAGCUGCAUUUGCUGCUCCAAGGACUCCAUUUGCUGCUCCAAGAUAUACUGGUUUCAGGUCAUAUUUUUCAGCUGGUGCAAACGCCGGUGUUGGUAGAGAUGCAAAUGUGCCUCCUCUAGCUGGAAUUUCUUCUGCACGCCCUAGUUGUUCUGAUGUUCAGUGAGCAGUUGCUCUGAUGUUGCCCUGUUGCUCUGAUGUGUGUGUGAACUUGUGUGGGAACUUGCCUGUGUGUUUGAACUUGUGACAGUUAUGCCUGUUAUUUUGUGAAAGACUUGUGACAGUUAUAUAUUACUUGCA